AUGAUAAGAGUUCUUAAUUUAGCAGGCAAUAAACUUCAUGGGAAACUUCCUGCUUCCAUUGGAAACCUGACAUUUCUCACUAACCUAGCCCUUGGUGCCAAUAAUGUUGAGGGUGAGAUUCCAAGCUCAAUUGGAAUAGAAAACUGUCUUUCUAAAAGUCUGUUGCGCUUGGAAUUGUCACAAAAUCACUUGGUAGGUAGCUUACCACAAUGGCUUGGUCAGCUAAAAAAUCUUGUCCGUCUGGAUUUGUCGAAUAAUUUUCUAUAUGGUCCAAUACCAGAUUCUUUAGGAUCGCUGCAAAAUCUUUCUGUUCUGCUGCUAAAUGGGAAUGAAUUGAAUGGUACCCUCCCAGAAAGUUUGGGACAACUUUCUGAGCUGUCUUCUUUGGAUGUUUCUUCCAAUCAAUUGACGGGUAUGAUUACUGAAACACAUUUUUCAAAUCUUGGCAAGCUAAAAUAUUUACGCCUAUCUUCAAACUCUUUCACCAUGAAUAUUAGAUCCAAUUGGGUUCCCAUAUUCCAAGUCUGGCGUCUUGACAUACAUUCAUGCCAUUUGGGUCCUUCAUUUCCUGUAUGGCUUAACUCACAAAAGGAAGUCAAUGAUUUGGAUUUGUCAGAUGCUAACAUUUCUGGCUCCAUUCCAAACUGGUUUUGGGAACAUUCCUCUAAGCUAUCAUCAUUGAAUGUUUCUUACAAUCGAUUAGAAGGUCAUCUGCCCAGUCCUCUAAAGUUGGCAUCAAACGCAGUGGUUGAUGUCAGCUCAAACCUCUUCAAAGGAUCCAUUCCUCUUCCAAGUGACAAUUUUUACUUUCUCGAUGUAUCCAAAAAUAAACUUUCUGGUACUAUUCCAUAUAACAAUAGUGGUUCCCUAAUGUUCCUCUCGAUUUCCGACAACCAGAUAACUGGAGAAAUCCCAGCUUCUAUAAGCAACAAUCCUGGUCUUCAAGUCAUUGAUCUUUCCAAUAACAACCUAAUAGGAAGUAUUCCAUCAGUCUUUGUGAAUUGUUUUUACAUUAAAGCACUGGACCUUAGUAAAAACAAUUUAUCUGGAAGAAUCCCUGCUGACUUAGGCUUCCUAAGUAUGCUUCAAACAUUGCACCUUAAUGACAACAACCUAAAUGACAACAACCUCUCUGGAGAGAUCCCAUCAUCUUUCCAAAACUUAGCUAGUUUGGAGAGGUUGGAUCUUGGAAACAACAGAUUAACAGGUACAAUUCCAGCGUGGAUUGGGAAAGGUCUCGAAGGACUACGGAUUCUCAGAUUGAGAGGCAAUGCAUUUUCGGGAGAACUUCCUCCAGUGCUAUUCAUUUAA